AUGGCCAACGGCAAUAUCCAAUACCACCCUCUGAAGACAAGGGAGGGCGGAUCAUCGCCACCUUCACGCUCACGCUCUCCGUCUCCGAUCUCAACCUCCCGAAUCCCCAACCGUUCAGGCAGUCGAAUCUCAAUCGCGAAAGCUAUCCUCCUCGUUAGUGUCUCCUUCAUGGUCCUGGCCCUUGUCCAUGUCAGCUAUUCGGCUCAAUACGAGGACGACGCCACCGCUACUGGCGGCGCUGCCGAGACGCAACAGCAGCACCAACAACCUCCAGUACAACCAGUAACGUUAACACCACCAGCUGUGCCGGUUGUACCAAAACCAGUUCCAGUAACGCCUCAACCUCCAGUCGAACCAGCCAAACCACCAGUAACGCCACCACAACCAGUUGCCGCUGAAAAUGGGUCUAUUAUCAGCGAUACUGACCUGACAACCACCUUUCGGUACGAGAACGGGACCGAAAGCCGGGUUUUCAAGCCCAACUUUUUCAAGAACGGGCCAGCGGCCAAAAAGGAGCUUGGCUCCUUCCUACAGACCCUCGCCACUCGUGCCUGGGUGGUCCAUCAACCCGAGCACAGGGACGAAGGUGGCACUGAAGAGGAGGAGGACCAUGAAAACGAUGACCAAGAGGAUGAUAACCAUGACCAGAUCGCGGUUCCUGGCCGGUAUUUCUCUUAUUUGCCGAUGGGUGGUGGAAACAAUCAGUUCAUGUCCCUCCAGAAGGCGGCUCUUUUGGCCAAGGACCUCAAGCGGACACUUAUCCUUCCUCCCAUCAGUCCCAACUCGCACAUUAGGACAUGGGCUGGUCCCCGCUAUUCUCAGUUCUACGACCUGGAGUCGUUUACACAAAAGUCUGGCAUCCCCGUCCUCGAGUGGCACGAUAUCAAGAUGACUCCCGAGAACGUUCCCGACGGGUUUGGUCAUCAAUGGGAAGAGUUUUCCGAAGAUUUUCCUUGCACCCCCAAUGGUGGUAUUGGUCUCGGCAACACGUCGUUGUAUGACAAGUUCCGCCAGCAGUUCCUGUUGAAGUAUGUCAAGACCAUCGCUGCCGACGACAAGACCGAGGGCAAGUCGACCGAUUACAAGUAUGCACGCGAUGUGCUCCUCAAGGACACGGCCACUACCGCUCCCGCAGCAGGGACCGCUCCUCCGCCCAAUGGUGAGAUUGCUAUUGACCCCAACAUGUGGAAGUGCCUCUCGUGCCCGUACUUCCUUGGUGGCCCUGACGUCGGUCCCCGAACUUGGGCUGAAGUUGGAGUAUUCCUGAGAUUCAAUGAGAAGAUCGAGGCAAUGGUCGACGAUAUCUUGGAUGUUCUCCUGGGACCUGCCAUUGAGGGUGAACCUGCAACCACUGCUGGUCCGGUGGUCGAUUCCACAUCUACUACUCACAAGGCCUUCCGCCCUCACCCACAGUUCAUCAUCGUCCAUCUCCGUCGUGGUGAUAUUGUCAACAAGUGCCCCGCAGGCAUGGCCGAGAAGGACUGUAUUGUCCAGAUUGAGGCGAUUGCCGACAAGAUUGACGAGAUUGAAAAAGUGAGGCGGACAGCGGCCCUGGCGGCGCUCAAGGAGAUGAUGACGGAUGAUGACCCAGCCUCGGAUGGUCGGAACUAUGUCCACAAGCGUCUCCCGGUCCUUGUGACGACCAACGAGCAACGUCGCGAGGAGCUCGACAAGAUUGACCGACUGGGCUGGAUCCUGUUGGACCAUGGAGAUGACGAGAAGGAUGAGAAGGGUCAGAUCAAGCCUUCGAAGACCAAAAAAUUGGGAACCGAGUUGAGAUUUGGACCCUGGUACCCUCCAAUGUUGGAUGCUGUCCUGUUGACCAGGGGAGACUAUCUGAUUGGGAUGGCCAACUCGCGUAUGAGUAUCCUGGCGACCCAGCGUGGUGCCGCCUGGCACAACCAUCACACCAUGGUCAUGUAA